UUGCCGGGCCCUUCCCAUUCCGUGCGCGCGCAUCGAGUCAGCCACAUCUGCCCACCGUGCGCCCCAUAUAACAGGGCCGCCCCGGAACUGUUCUGCCCGUCCUGCGCCCCCGACUCGCGCAUCUGCCCGCCAUGCUCGAUUUCUUCUCAAAGACGAAGGGCCGGCGGCUGUACUACACGAUCAACUUGGUGGCUGGCCUCGCCAUCUUCUUCUUUGGAUAUGACCAAGGAAUGAUGUCCGGCGUGAACACGUCGCCUGACUAUGUGCGCGUGAUGAAGCUUGGAUACUCCACCUACGAAGGACCUUCAGAGGGUUAUGUCGCUACGAUUACAGAGCCAACCAGAGAGGGCGGCAUUGUUAGUAUCUAUUACUUGGGCACCCUCAUUGGGGCCCUCAUGGGCGGUGUUCUCGGUGACCGGAUUGGACGUAUCAAGACCAUGCUUGUGGGAAGUCUUUGGGUUCUCAUCGGCGCUUCGCUGCAAUGCUCCGCCCAGAACAUUGCGUGGAUGUUGUGCGCACGUGUCAUCAACGGGAUCGGCACAGGGUUCCUGAACGCCAUCGUCCCGGUCUGGAGUGCAGAAGUCGCCUCACAUACUUCGCGAGGCGCCUUCAUCGCGAGCGAGUUCACGCUGAACAUCUUCGGUGUUGUCGUCGCGUACUGGCUCGAGUUCGGCCUUGGCUUCGUCGGCGACGGCAACACGCAAGUCCGAUGGAGGUUCCCCAUCGCGUUCCAGAUCCUGCCUGUCCUGGCCUUCAUGCUGCUCGUGCCGUCGAUGCCGGAGAGCCCCCGCUGGCUGCUCAAGGUCGGCCGCGCGGACGAGGCGCGCAGCAUCCUCGCGCGGCUCCGCUCGGAGGACGGGAACCUCGAGGACGCGCGCGUCGCCGCGGAGUACGAGGAGAUCCAGGGCGCGGUGCGCCUCGAGAAGGAGCACGCCGCGGGCAACACGUACUUCGCGAUGUUCUUCGGCCUGCACGACGGCGACCUGCACGUCGCGCGCCGUGUCCAGCUGUCGAUCUGGCUGCAGAUCGUGCAGGAGUGGGUGGGUAUCGCGGCCAUCACUGUCUACGCCACCACCAUCUUCUCGCAAGCCGGCUACUCGUCCCGCAAGGCCCAGUGGCUGUCCGGCCUCAACGACGUCACGUACAUGCUGAGCACGCUCCUGGCGGUGGUGACGAUCGACCGGCUCGGGCGGCGCGUCGGGCUCUGGUGGGGCGCGGUCGUGCAGGGCAUCGCGCUCUUCCUCGCGGGCGGCUUCAGCAGGCUGCUCAAGGAGCACCCGGAGCACUCCGCGCAGUACGGCGGCGCGGCGGCGCUCUUCGUGUUCAUGUACACCGCGACGUUCGGCGCGACGUGGCUCACGAUCCCCUGGGUGUACCCCACCGAGACGUUCCCGCUCUACGUGCGCGCCAAGGGCAACGCGUGGGGCGUCGUCGGGUGGUCCAUCGGCAAUGGGUGGCUCACCCUCCUCAACCCGGUCAUGUUCAACUCCAUCCAGGAGAACACGCUGUACAUCUUCGGCGCGGUCAACUUCCUCGCGAUCCCGAUGGUCUGGGCGUUCUACCCCGAGACGGCGAACCGCACGCUGGAGGAGAUGGACCACCUGUUCAUGAGCAAGAGCCCGUUCGUGUGGGACGAGGAGGCGCACUUCAAGAAGUGGAAGGACGGCGAGCUCGAGGACCGCGAGAAGACGCCGCCCGUGCUGCAGCCGGACGUGGCCGACGUCAAGGUCGACGAGCAGAAGCAGGAGAAGGCAUGAGUUUGGCUGCUGCGCACGACUUACGAUCGUCACGUUUGUACACCACGCAUCUAUCUAUUCCUCGGUUAUCGAGGAAUGUUAUAAUUGUUUGUGAGCUUGACUUGUCCUCAACUUGUGUG